AUGGAGACCGGAGUGGGCUCAGAGCAACACUGGGGAUUAUGCCCAGGGCUUCGCGCAUCAUCGUGUCAAGGUAUUUCUCCAGAUUUAUUAGAGUGUACCCUCUUUGUUGACAUGGGCGAUCUACGUUAUUUAUUUGCUAAUAUAUGUGAUAUUGUCCGGGCCGUCAAAGGGGGCAAGCAGUGUCGUGUGUUUCUUUAUGAGAGGCAUGCACAUCUACUAUGUAAGUUGAUUGUCAAGCUCAUCCUCUUACUUCUUAUUGGUCAGGAGACAGACGUCAACUCCAAGAUCGAGCUAGCCCACUGCUAUUCGGAGAUCCACGGGAACACAUUUAUCUCAGCAGAUGCCAAAGAGCUUUUAAAGUCCGCAUUGAAGAUAGCAUUAGCACUAUUUUCUCCUGGAUAUCGAUCCAAGCUCUCUGAUGCACACAGAAAGACUUAUCUGGCAGCAGCUAAUGUUCUUGAUUUUCGAAGCUAUUUAAAGCGCGGCGAUCAAGACGAUUUCUAUAGUAUUCUUCAUUCUAUGCUAGAAGAAUGCACGGUGAAGCAGGCAGCACCAGACGAUGGGAAAGCAGUCUAUCGCAAGAAUAGUCACACCCUGACCCCUGGGGUCGAGAAGAUAGAGGCGGUGAUGGGCCCAGGUGAUGCGUUUGACAAGCGUUUGAGAGACUUCUAUCUGGAGAGAUAUGAUGUGCGUGCAAAUGUCUGCAUGUGGGACAAGCACAUGCACUUAGCUAGUCGCCUGGCCGUUAUACACGACCCUUUCUUUCAGUCGUUUCGUACCUCGGGGAUUUCAUACCUAAGAGCCUACUACCGUGGAGCUGCAGUCCUGGGCAACACCGAGGAGGCCCUUCCAGUGGCGCGGCGUGCAGCAACUACCCAGGAAUCCAAAAUGUACUGUGGCGAGGACAAUCCGCUUCUUCUUUCGAGAACCGUCGAAGGGUCAAAGGUUUCAACUACUGGAUAUAGAGGAGACAUUCUUCUAGGUCCCUGGUUCGAGGUCGGUUACAAUGUGCACUACUGCUUUCCAGACUAUUUUGAGCAGGUCCUGAAGCCCACAAUGCAUCGAGAACCUAAUGCUACCGUACCACUAGUUUCCGACCUGCACGAGUUGACGACUCUGGAAGACUUUGAGCUCUAUCGUGUGUACUCCCCCACGGGCCCGUCAUCCUUUGAAGGGAUCUUCUCCAGCGUAGAGAUAUCUGUCUUUAAUCUAUGUGUCUGCUCUUCUCUGCUCUGGGAGCUAGUAGAUGCAUACAGUACCUUGGACAGGUCACAGCCCACUGGCCCCAUUGUCUUGCUCACCGGUGACUUCGGGUCCAGGGUUGGGACCAUCCACAAGACUGCCAAUCUCUUCACUGCUGUCUUCCUGAGCAUAGAGGGGUGUCGUCUUCUCCAGUCUCCGGAUGUAUAUCAUGCCCAGCUGGAGCCGUGCUUGCGUAAGGGUGCUGGUCACGUACUUAUCACUGAGUUAGGACAGUACGUACUGAGACUGCAGCGAGCAGAGGUUCCUCUGUUCAAGGACAAGCUUAAGAGACAAUUGACAUCUUGUGGCUAUGAAGCCUCUGAGGCAACGGCAGUUCUUCCUUUCUUCAAUAAAUAUCCAAAGGAGGAGCAAACAGAGGCUAUGGGGACGCACCUUGUUGCUGUUGUUGCAACCGCGAAAACCCCCAAUCUUGAAUAA